AUGGAGAGAACAGAUGCAUUGACGUCAUCGUUUAUAUGGCGGCCAAACGCAAACGCAAACGCAGAGAUAACGCCGAGCUGUCCAAGAUGUGGAUCAUCCAACACAAAGUUCUGUUACUACAACAACUAUAGCCUCACUCAACCUCGAUACUUCUGCAAAGGCUGCCGCAGAUAUUGGACCAAAGGCGGCUCCCUCCGCAACGUGCCUGUAGGCGGUGGCUGCCGCAAAUCCCGCCGUACCAAAUCCUCAUCCAGUAACGCUAAAACCGGCGUAACCGCUAGUUCAUGCAGCUCCAGUGGUGGCUCACCAAGCAUAGAUCUUGCUCUUGUUUACGCCAAUUUCUUGAAUCCAAAGCCUGACGAACCCACACUUCAAGAAACAUGCGAUUUAGCCACAUGCGCAUCGAUGGAACCCUCUUGGAGUAUGGACAUCGGUGAUGGUCAUCAUCAUCACUAUGAUCAUCAGGUGGAACACAUUGUGGACGGAUGUGGUUAUAAUGGGUUGCCUCCUUUUCCUGGUGAAGAGCUUCUUUCUAUUGACACUAAUAGUGUUUGGUCUGAUGCUUUAUUGACUGGUCAUAACCAUGUGGAAGUUGGUGGUGUAACUCCUGCUCAGACUGUUCUUGAACCGGUUGUUCAUUUUGCUGAUGAAUCCAAUGACUCCACCAACCUCUUGUUCGGAAGUUGGAGCCCUUUUGAUUUCUCAACCGAUGGAUGA